AUGCUGCACGGCCAUGAGAGCCCUAAGCCCUCCGCAGAUGCACUGCGCUUCGCCGCGCUCGUGCGGUGCACCCCGGAGGAGGCGCAAGAGUGGCUAACUCGCAAGAAGGGUUCCAUGGAAGCCGCGCUGGACGGCUUUCUAGCGCAACAGGCGCCCGACUCAAAGCGGCAGAAGAUAGGCACGCAGCAUGCGCAUCCCUGUCGCAGGCCUCUUUCGAGUGUUUCAGCCUCUCAGAAGCAGCCUGUGCGCCCCUCUAGAGACUCAGACAGCGAGGGGGUCCAAAAAAAUGACGCGAAGGAGAGCGGCUCACGGAGUCGUGCAGAGGCACUUCGCACGCAGAGUAAGAAUACACCUGCACCAGCAGCCACAUCGACCUCUGUCACGCUGAUAGACCUUGCAGAAGACUCGGAAGCCGAAGAAGCGCUUCCCUCGGCGCACUUGCACGGCGCCGCAGCCUCUGGUCUGCCACUGCCGAGCGGGAUGCCGCUGGUGCCUGAAAAAAAUACUGCUGCGGCUGUUGGUGCGGUCUGUGGCAUAGGUCGCCCCCCCGUGUCACCCCAGCAUCCGGCAGAAGCUCUCGAGCGCUAUCCAGACGAUUUCUCCGUUUACUUGGGGGAUUGCGUUGCCACUGGCACGGUUACCAGCGGCACGAUUACCAGACUGAGCCUCACGGAUCCCUUAUCCUUGAGAGUGGAGGUAUGGAUGCCGCACACAUUCAAAUCGAAUCCCCAGCAGGGCAUGCGCAAGUCCAAAGUUUCCAAUAGCGGGUACAAGAUCGUGUACGUACACCUGAACGAUCCGCUUCUCCUUCACCACCAGAAACGGCUGGUUAAUCCGGAGCUGCAUGCUCCGAUGCUUCAUCAUAGGAUGCCGCAACAGUGUCCAGACACUCCUGCCGGCACUUGGGGAGAGGCGCAGGGGGCUUUCGCUGCAAGGUCUAAGGGGAGCAGCUCCCUCGCAGGCAUAGACUUCUACAGCCUCCUCGCGAGCAUUUCAGAACAGACAACCUUCUUGAGACUCCUCAUCAACGGGCGGGAAGCCGUGCGGUUGGACAGGCACGUGGCAAACUCCCUCGCGGCGCUGCUCCUCGUAGGAGCUGUCAAAGUCGAUGUGUGCUGGCUUCCUGAAAGCCUUCCUCCACGUCGCCUCGCCAUCAACAGUACUCUGCGUGUUCGCAUGCGCGUGCGCUUGACCGCUCAGGCUCUCCGUAUGAGCGCAUUAAGGCAAAGGCAGCAUGAUGCGAAUUUGUGUUCGGCGACACACUUUUCGUCGUUGAUGGGCCAUGCGUUUGCCUCUCUGAUGGAGCUGUUGAACUUGAAGCCUCUUCGCCUCCCUGUCGCCUCGGAAAAAGCGCGGCGAAGCUCCUCUGUGGGGAGCUCUAGCGAGGAAGCGGCGGCCUUGCGCAAGUGUUUGGAAGUUCUUAAAAAGGCGCAUGCAUCGACGGCAGCUGCUGAUGUGCCUGCGUGGCAAGGAGCUGCACAGGCUGGCGAGGACGUCUCAGCCGCGGGAGCAGUGUUGAGGGCAGGCACUGGAGAAGGCAGCGACAUGCGACAAAGCAGCAGCAGCUUUAGCCCGUUUGAAGAGGAGGAAGACGCUUCCGAGAGCUUCAGCGUCACGUUGUGUCAGUUGGUUUUAGGUGAGCAGGUGUCAAGCGCAGCAGCACAACGACAGCAGCAACAGCAGCGGUCUUUAGGUUACCUGUACCCUCCAUCGAGUCUUUUUACAUCCCGCCUGCGCCCCUACCAGGCACAGGGUGUGUGGUGGAUGGUGCAGUGUGAGUCGGAGAAUGCUGCCGUUUCGAGCGGCGAGCAGGAAGCGUUGGAUCCGUUGUGGACUGUGUAUGCUCUUCCUGCUGGAGGCAGUAGUAGCGGCGAGUUCUCUGCGCUGGCGAAUGCGGCGUCUCUCGUCGAGGAGCAGCGAGAAGACUCCAGGGGAAUGAGAGCUUGCCUGUACCUCAAUGCUUCCGCAGGUGUUGUCACCUUGCAGAAGCCGUCUACGACGGGGAGAGUGAAGGGCGGCAUUCUCGCGGACUGCAUGGGAUUGGGCAAGACAGUGCAGGUGCUCGCUCUCAUCGCUGUCAGCCUUCUGCAAGAGCGCGACGCUUCCGAGCGUGCAGCUGUCUCGCAGCCUGCCCCACGCUCAGGCGACGGCAGACGCAAGCUGGAGAGAACAGCCGCGGAAGAAGGAUCUCCUCUCGAAGUCUCCACUGCCACAGGUGAGGCUCCCCGAAACGAAGCCGCUGUGUGUAGAGUUUCCCUGGAAGCUGCAGUGGCAGCAGGGGCACCCAGUUGUUUCUCUUCUACUGAUAACUGCUGCUUCUCCCUCCAAAAAAAAAUUCGACUCCCUCCCUCCCUGUUAGCGCCAGACGUGCGUCGUGUGCAGCGUCAUUUGAAGCGAAACAGGGAUCACCUCUUCCCCGGAGGCACUUUGAUAGUCGUGCCGCUGUCGCUCAUAGGACAGUGGGAGUGUGAGGUGUCUAGACACCUCGCAAAGGGUGCAGCAACAGUCUUGCAGUAUUACGGGUCUGCGCGCUCUAAAGACCCCACAUUCAUAGCCGCACACUCUAUCGUCCUCACAAGCUACCAAACGCUUGCCUCGGAUUUCAGACAUCUCGCCAAGAUGCCAACCUUCCCGGAAAGCGCACGACUUGCUCCUGAACAGAUACACCCCAACGCAUGCCCCCUCGCAAGCAUCCGCUUUCGCCGCAUCAUUUUAGACGAAGGCCACGUCAUUCGAAACACCAAUGCCCUCGUCAAUCGCGCUUGCAACGCGAUAAAGGCUGAAGCACGGUGGAUUCUUACAGGAACCCCUCUACAAAAUGAUUUGUCAGAUGCUUUUGCUCUCGUAGAAUUUCUUAGAGUGUCUCCCAUGGGCAGUCGGCGAUGGUGGCGAGCCAAUGUCACGCAACCCAUGGAGAAGGGCAUGUUGCAUGGAGCUGUGGAAACUGUAAGGAGAACGCUAGUGCCCUUGAUGCUUCGACGACAUGGAGAUCAACUUGGAGAGGACGACAAGCCCCUCCUUCCGCUACCGCCGCUCUCAAUCCACACUUUUAAACUGCAGCUGACGUAUGAAGAGAGGCUCUACUACCAGACGGUAUUCGAGAAGAGCAAGGCCAAGUUCGAGCAGCUGCUGCGGAGUGGGCAAGUCCAGCAUCACUAUACACACGUUCUGCAGCUGCUUUUGCGACUGCGGCAAGCAUGCAAUCACCCCCUUCUCCCGACAUACCGGGAAGAUUAUCGACACCAGCAGCUCGCAGAAGCUGUCUGCCGAACGGCGGAGGCCCCAUCCGUGACUUCAGCGGCGAUCAAUUCUCGAAGCCAACGCUUUGCACAGGUGCCAUGGAGUUCGCCAGAUCCGCAGCUGUCCAAGUGUGUGCAGGAUGCUUUGAAUGGCAAUUUGGGGAAUUGCCCAGUGUGUUUUGAGUCUCUGGGAGAGGCGGCUGUGGUAUUGACUACCUGUUGGCACGUCUUCUGCCUGACAUGCGUCUUGCUGGUGCAGAGCAGCAGCAAGACAGCGGCAGCGGCGUGUCCUACAUGCAGAGAGAAGUUUCUUCCCCAGCAUGUGCGGCAGCUGCCAGCAGCCACCCACAAGGCUGGCUCGCUGACAGCGUGGCGAGAAGUUGUUCUUGAGAAGCACAGGGCAAGCGUCGCAGCCGCUGAUAGCAGACGGCUAGACGUACAGCUGCAGCGGCGCUCGUCAGAGCAGACAGUUGAGCGCAUCCCCGCUGCUGCAUGUACUACAUCGGACGAGACAUCGCAAAGGGCGCCUCUGCUGCCGCUGCUGGAGAACGCUUCUGAGGAGGCGUUCUUCUUCAGCACGAAGAUGCGAGUGCUCUUGGCUCUCCUAGAGGCGGAUGUUCUUGCCGGGAGGUUCUGUGUUGUUUUCUCGCAGUGGACGUCGAUGCUCGACCUCAUUGAGGAUGCCUUUCAGCGGGCAGAGGCUGCAGCUUUGGGCAGAGGCACCCUGCCCUCUGCGAAAAGCGGUUCAGCGCGGGAAGCCUCGCCCUCGAAAACGGAAGACGCAGCAGCAGAGGAGGCCGCUUCUCAGGGAGUCUCCAAGAGCGACGCUCCGGAGGAGGCUCAAGGCGUCCUCCUUGUAGAGAAGGAGAACGAGUAUGUGCAAGUUGACGAGGACGACACAGAUGCCGACGAAGUCAUCGAAAUCGGCAUGUGCCUCGCUGGAGGCAACAGAAUGGCAGCACCCCCGCAGGCAAAGCGGCCAGCUGAUUCUUCGAAACGGCCUUUAUUUGACUAUCGGCGAGUCGACGGAACCCUGAGUCUUGAUGCUCGACAACGCGUCAUUCGGUGGUUCCUAGAGCCUUUGCCGCGGCAGGCAACGGACAGUGCAGGAAAAGCAGCUGCAGGAGUCUCCCCAGCUGCAGAGGAGGCAAAUGAAGAUCCCUUCAUGGGAGUCUGCAAGUUGCAGCCAUUCAGCUGCUCGACGUCGAACGCUUCCUUGGGAACGUCUUCCGCAUCCUCGUUCUGCAGCAGGGAGCACGCUGGCGACAACAGAGACAGCGGCACCACGGGAAAGAUUCUUCUCCUCUCGCUCAAAACUGGCAAUGUGGGCCUGAAUCUGACAAAGGCCACGCGCUGCUAUCUCGUAGAUGGCUGGUGGAAUCCGCAAGUCGAGUCGCAAGCCAUGCGACGCCUCUGGAGAUAUGGCCAGGAGAAGGCAGUAUCUGUCUUUCGGUUCGUCUGCCUUCGCACUGUUGAGGAACGCAUGGAAGAGCUGCUCAAGUGGAAGGGUCGUCUCUCGGAGAACACGCUUCGUCCUGAUGAAGCCUCUGAUUCUGAAGCAAAACUCUCUUGGACGCCGGGAGAAGGCGACGAGGACGCAAAGAGGAAGGGUCGUCUGUCCAUCCUAGACCUCAAACGGUUGUUUGAAGGAUGGGAAGAGCCAGUUGGCAAGGCGCCUUAG